UUUGAUGAUACCUCCGUGAAUAGCGGGAGGUGAGGCCCGUUUCACUUCCUCAAUCCAACAACAGUUCCAUCACUGGCACAAAACGUUUCUGGACUCAUCCAACACUCGAUCCUCAAAGGAGGGGGUGGUGGAAACGUUUCCCUCGUUUUUUUUCUCCUUAGGAUACAUUUCUUAAAUCGAAGCCACACUUUUGGUGAUCAUGGCUGCUCUUUCAGUAUGGUUUUGGAACGAAAGGUUCUGGCUCCCGCAUAAUGUGACUUGGGCGGAUCUUGCAGACCCAGCGCCUGGGGUGGAGUAUCCAAAAGCCAGGCACUUGCUCUCUGCCUUACCGCUGGCUUUGGGGAUCUUUGCUGUCAGAAUACUAUUUGAGAGGUUCAUAGCCAGUCCAUGUGCCUUCUUCUUGCAUAUCCACGCUGCCUCAGUCCACUGGCGAGCCACACCCAACACUGUCCUGGAGAAGGUGUUUACAUCCAUCACAAAGGGCCCGGACUCGCGACACCUGGUUGGGUUAUCUAAGCAGUUGGACUGGGAUGUAAGGAAGGUCCAGCGAUGGUUCAGACACAGACGCAACCAGGACAAACCCAGCACACUCACCAAGUUCUGUGAGAGCAUGUGGAGGCUUACAUUUUACCUGUGCAUAUUUACCUACGGGAUCUGCUUUCUAUGGCAGUGCCCGUGGAUGUGGGAUACACACCACUGCUGGUACAACUACCCUUACCAGGUCCUGACUCCAGGCCUGUACCACUACUACGUGACUGAGCUGGGCUUCUACUGGUCCCUCAUGUUCUCUCAGUUUACUGACAUCAAACGCAAGGACUUCCCUAUCAUGUUCAUCCAUCACCUAGCAACAGUGAGCCUGAUCAGUUUCUCCUACGCUAACAACAUGCUGCGUGUCGGGAGCCUGGUGAUGUGUGUCCACGAUGCCUCAGACUUCCUACUGGAGGCAGCCAAGCUGGCCAACUACACCAAGUACCAGCGCCUGUGUGACUUCCUGUUUGUUCUGUUUGCAGUAGUCUUCUUCAUCACACGGCUCGUCAUCUACCCUCUAUGGAUCCUGAACACAACAUUGUUUGAGAGCUGGGAGAUCAUUGGUCCAUACCCCUCCUGGUGGCUCUUCAACUCCCUGCUGCUGGUGCUGCAGGUGCUGCACGUCAUCUGGUCCUACCUCAUAGCCGGGAUCGCCUAUAAGGCCUUAGUCCGAGGAAAGGUGUCUAGGGAUGACCGCAGUGACGUUGAGAGCAGCUCAGAGGAGGAGGCUGACACCAACGGGACCAACGACAGGGGGGUUAAAAUGGCGUUCUCUCCUAAGGUAGAGAACGGCACCAAUGGAACCAACGGCUACGCCGUCACCACUAUAACCUGGCCACAACAGAUACGCAGCAGCAGCAGUAGCUGGUGAUACAGAAAGAGGAGUCUGCUGUCUGAUUCACAGUAUAGGGCUGACCUGGGUCCAAUAUGUCUGGCCUGGUUACGCUGCGCAUCCACUAGUUGUCGGAACUGAAAGGACAAUGUAAAAAAUAUCAGAGACAGUACUGUUCAGGUCGGCCCUAUAGUAAGAAUCAGGCAUAUCUGUGAGCCCUUUCCACUACUAGUUCAUCCUAUCCUACACUACAUCUUGAAGUGCUUUUCCUGCCUCAUCCAGUUCCCUGGACGUUUUAAGUCAGUUUCUUAAUUCAUCUCUGACUCUUAAUUAUACAGUUUUUUUCCCCAGCACUGUCAACAAUGAUCACAUUACUUUUCAGAACUGACAAUGAUUGGUGACUAUGACAUCAGACGAUGGAUGAAUAGACAGACCCAUAGAAUCAAAAACGGAUUACAUUUUUAACUGAUAAAAACACUUUUCAUUCCCGUGUGUCCAUAGAAUGGGUGUAACUGUUUUUUCAUUCUUAUUCCACUUUUUAAUGUGAUGCUGAAGUUUGUUGGGGAGGAUGUUCUCUCCCUGUUUUAUGUCAGUUGAACUAAAGUUAUUACUGUAUAUAUUUUUUAACAAAUAAAUGUUUAUUUGUGAAAGAUAUGUUUUUAUUCAUAUUACACGGCUGUAAAAUGACAAUACCCCACCACCCAAACCGUGCUCCAGUGUAUCCUGAGAGAAAUGAAAUAUGAGUUACGAUAGGGGAGGGAUUUUACAUUUCAUCUUAUUUAAUUUGACAAUUUUGGCAUUUAAUAACUUAACAAGUAAUCCUGUAGCGUUUAGAAAGACCUUCUCUGCCGCAGCCCUCUCUGUGGUGGCAUCGUUUGUGUACUAAAGGGUCAAGUCAGGACCAUGGGGAGAGAGACUGAAGACAGAUGACGUUCUCGUUCUUUAGCUACUCUUUUGGGCACACAAAACCGUUGAUCACAUGAUCAGUACCCAAAGAUUAUCAUUCAAGUAUUUUGGGAGGAACAGAAAUGUCCAUGAUUUUUUGGGACAAACUAUC